CUUGCCCACCACUCUCUCCAUCUCUCUUAGCUGUUUCCCUGUUCAUAAAAUUAUUAAAACCCUAACCCUAAUCCUUUCUAUCAGGAUUAUCAUGGCGAAUAGUUCCUUCAAGUCAGAACAUCCACUCGGAAAGAGACAGGCUGAAGCUGCACGAAUCAGGGAGAAAUACCCAGAUAGAAUUCCUGUUAUUGUGGAGAAAGCAGACAGAAGUGAUAUUCCUGACAUUGAUAAGAAGAAAUAUCUUGUUCCUUCUGAUUUGACUGUUGGUCAGUUUGUGUAUGUUGUUCGUAAGAGGAUUAAGCUAAGUUCUGAGAAGGCUAUAUUUAUCUUUGUUAAGAACACUUUGCCCUCCACAGCUGCUAUGAUGUAUACAGUUUAUGAAGAAAACAAAGAUGAAGAUGGGUUUCUUUACAUGACUUACAGUGGCGAAAACACGUUUGGAUCAUACUGAAAAGGGAUGUGGAUAAUGGAGAGAUUGAAGAUGUGUGAAUAAUAAAU